AUGGUUGGACAAAAUCAUCACAUACAAUCCAUCAGUUAUUCAAAGCUGGCAGAGUACGAUCAAACACGUAUAGAUCUGCCUAUACGUAAAUAUGUAUUGAUUGCAAAUUUACUACGCGAGCCUUCUUCUCCGUCAACUGAAUCGGAACAGCACUGGUUUGAUACCUGCCUAGAUGAGCUGGACAAAGAAGAAGAAAGACAGAGGCAGCUUGAACAAGAGCAAGCGCAAGAAGAGGAGCAAGAGCAGCUGAACAAGAGGAAAUUCCAGCGUCGCAAGCCUGAUCUGCAUGUGCAUACUUUCUACAACUAUCGAAACAGAAGUGGAUUCCUGGUCUGUACAUCCAACAUGUAA